CCUUCCGCUGUCAAAUCCGCAGAGGCCUCCGCAGCAGCCUCCUGGCCCGCCCCAGAUCCCCCCUCCCGCUCCUGGAUGGUACACUCCGGUCCUCCUGGCCUGGCUGCAGUGGAUGUUGCUAGAACCCACGCGGAGGAAGGAAGAGACGCAGGCAGGCUGCGGUGACCCAAGCAGCCGCCCCUGCCUCAGGCACCCCCUUCCCCGAGAGACGGAACCAUGACCCAGGGAAAGCUCUCUGUGGCUAACAAGGCCCCCGGGACAGAGGGGCAGCAGCAGCAGACAAAUGGUGAGAAGAAGGAGGCUCCAGCAGUGCCCUCGGCCCCACCUUCCUAUGAGGAGGCCACCUCCGGGGAGGGGCUGAAGGCAGGCGCCUUCCCCCCAGCCCCCUCAGCUGUGCCUCUCCACCCCAGCUGGGCCUACGUGGACCCCAGCAGCAGUUCCAGCUAUGAGAGCGGUUUCCCCACUGGAGACCAUGAGCUCUUCACCACCUACAGUUGGGAUGACCAGAAAGUUCGCCGAGUCUUCAUUAGAAAGGUCUAUACCAUUCUCUUGAUCCAGCUGCUGGUGACUUUGGGUGUCGUGGCUCUCUUUACCUUCUGUGACCCCGUUAAGGACUAUGUCCAAGCCAACCCAGGCUGGUACUGGGCAUCCUACGCUGUGUUCUUUGCAACCUACCUGACCCUGGCCUGCUGUUCUGGACCCAGGAGGCAUUUCCCCUGGAACCUGAUCCUUCUGACUGUCUUCACCUUGUCCAUGGCCUACCUCACCGGCAUGCUGUCCAGUUACUACAACACCACAUCUGUGCUGCUAUGCUUGGGUAUCACGGCCCUCGUCUGCCUCUCCGUCACCGUCUUUAGCUUCCAGACCAAGUUCGACUUCACGUCCUGCCAGGGUGUGCUCUUCGUGCUGCUCAUGACUCUCUUCUUCAGUGGACUCAUCCUGGCCAUCCUCCUGCCCUUCCAAUAUGUGCCCUGGCUCCACGCAGUGUAUGCCGUACUGGGAGCAGGCGUGUUUACAUUGUUCCUGGCAUUUGACACCCAGUUGCUGUUGGGUAGCCGACGACACUCGCUGAGCCCUGAGGAGUAUAUUUUUGGAGCCCUCAACAUUUACCUAGACAUCAUCUACAUCUUCACCUUCUUCCUGCAGCUCUUUGGCACCAACCGGGAAUGAGGAGCCCUUCCCGCCCACUCCUUCCUUCAGAGAAUGCCCCCUUGCUGGUCCUCUGACUGCCCCCUGUGCUCCUGCCAGCCCAGAUAUAAAACUAGCUGCCAGCCCAGCCUGAGGCCAGCUCACUGCCUUGAGCCCAGCCCUCAUCCCCACCCUCAGCAGCUUGCACCCAUGCUGUCAAGGGCCCUGCGGAAUCCAGGUCACACCUCCCCUGGGCCGCCCCUUCCCCCUAGUUACCUCUCCCACACUGGAACAGUCGAGGCUGGAGGCUUCUCCGAGUUUGAGGACCAAACGGAUGAGUGGGAGGAGCCCAGCAGUAUUUCAGAUGUGAAAAGGAGGCCCCAGGAAGCCCGGUUGAAGUCUGCACUCCCACCAUGAUUCCUCCUGAGGUGGCCACAGCUGUGUGACCCUGGGGCACACUGUACUGUGUCCACCCCCACCCCCUCUCCCCUUCCAGGUUAGGCUUUGACACUGCAAGGGAGUGGUUAGGAGGAGAGCUGGGAGACAAGGUCUGGAUGCUCUAUGUGUGAGGGGGAUGGGGAGUGGGGGCAACAGUAUGGCUGUCCCAGGCUGCCCAUCCUCUCCCAGGUCUGGGACCAGAGGCUCGUUCUAGGCACUUGAGCCCUGGGAGCCAAGGGCAACGAGAGAGGGCAGGAAGCCAGUACCAUCUGUGCUUGCCUUGGCUGACCCUCCUGGGUCAUGACAGAGUGCUGUGGGGGCAGAAGUGGGCAGGGGGCCCUGCUCCUAAAUGGGGACCUGUCCUGGGACUCCAAGGGAGGUGGGAGCAGGCAGCCAACCAACUGGGAGGCCUGGGCUCUGCAGUACCGCCAAUUCACCCAGACCUUCAUCCUCCUGGGAGGCGGGGCAGGACUGAGACCUGCACCCUCUCACCCUCUUCUCUUCAACCCCUAGGCUGCUCCCAAAGGCCUGAGGCUAAGUGGAGUGUUCGGGCCCUAGACGACUAGGAGUUCUGGAGGAGGGGGUGUAUUCUAGCUGUUGAGUUAGCCCCAGCCGGAGGGGAUCCAGCCCUGCCCCCAGCCCUUCCCCAAGGCCUUUCGGCCCAUCUUAUUUCCCAGACCUCCCCCAUCUGCUGCCAGUUGCUGGCUUAUCCCCAGUCAGGCCUCAGUUGGCAGUGCCCAGUCCCUUCUCCUAGUUUCUCUGGCCACUCAGCCCCUCCACUCCUUAUCUCCUCAUCUCUCCAAUUUGGAAGCCAUCCAGCUGAUGUUAACUGCCAGGGCAAGUCUCUCCUGCUGGUCCCAUGUGAUGGGGUCGGGUCUCCUUAUCAGCUUCUAGGUAGCUGAGAUCUCAGGCCCAGUGUGCGUCAGCCGUCCAGCCCCCUGCAGGUCUGCUGGGGAGCGGACCAGGGGGCCACACUUGGGGAAGCAUGCAGCCAGCACUUGCUGACUCUGGGCCAGUGGAAAGUUACUGGGUAGAUCAGAGAGGUUCCGAGCAGAUAUCUGGACCCUUCCUUGGCCUCUCCUUCCAGGGCUGCCUCUUUCUCCGUAUGCCAGGGGCUCUUUCUGCCCCUGGGGAGGAUAACUAGGUAUGUUAUCUGUGUGUUCCUGACCCUUCCCUCUCUGCCCUUUCUAUUUCCAGCUUUUAAGAAAUAUUGCAGAAACAGUUGAAGUUAUGUUCCAUCUUGGGUAUGAGGAGAGAGGGAGCCAAGAACGGGUGGUGGUGUUUGUGUUGAGAUACAGGCAGCUGGGAGCACAGGUGGAAUGCUUCCUGUGUGCUGGUCUAAGUUAAUCCGUUACAGCAAUCCUACAAAGAGAGUACUCUGUACAUCCCUGUUGCGGAGAGAAAAGCUGAAGUGCUGGAGAGGCUGGGUCCCGGGUCAUAAGGCUAACAGACUGGGUAGGCACUGGAAUGAGACUGGGUGGUGAGGCUGUGACAUCUCGGGGGAUUUGUUAUCCUCAGUGCCACCCCUGGCCUUCCAUCUCCCUGCCCACUACCACCACCAAGUUUUGCACUCUGUAGUUUCCACCUUCUAGACACAAGCUGGGAAGCAGAAUUCUCGUGUCUGAUUUUUAGCCUCACUGCCAACAGGUUCAUGGUAUGAAGCAAGUGUUUCUUGCUGUCUGUGAUUCAGUUUUCCUAUCAGCAGGAUAGAAGACCAUGCCCAGGGUGGCGCAGGGAGAGACCCCAGAACACUUAUUUGCACUGUCUUCCUUAUCCAGUUGCCACCGCUCCUCCAAGGUCCCCUCGAUUCCUCUCCUAAUCUCUAGUUCCUGUUCAAAAAGGGUUAUUUCCCCCACCCCUUGCCCUGUAAUUCUCAGCCUGGGCCUUGGUCAUGCUUCCCAGAAGCCACUUGUCCAAGUCCUCCUCUCCCUAGGACAGUUUGUGCAAAAACGGGAUUGAGAAGCUUUUCUGAGGCUGAUCUCCAAAAGCUUAGGGGAGGAGGCAAGCGCUCAGAAAUAAACAAUGUGUUGGGGCAACUCAGGGCCACCCCAAAGCAGAGUAGUGUGGAGCCUCCUAUUCUGGGUCCUAAAAGGGGUCCAGGACAUGCUGAGCUGGCAGCAGAGCCAGGAUUGAAACCCCUGCAUUCCACCUGCAUUGAGGCCAUGAGGAGCCCCAGGAACACCUGGAUGGGUCUUGGAAGGAGGGAGAGCGGGGGAACAGGAAUGCAGGAUUACAGGAAACAGGGAAACUGAAGCUGGGCAGGAGGCACACGCUGCAGAGGAGGGGAGCCUGCUGGCCCCUCACGUUUUGGGCAGGGCUGGGGCUGGGACCAGGGAGGGGGAGGUUGGAUUUUCAUAAGGCUGGAUGCAGCCAGGAAUCUGACCAUGGGUGUUGUGAGUCGGAGGUCUCUGACUGAGCGGAAGACCGAUCAAGAGAGCCUCUCCUCGGAAGUGCAGAGUGGGGGCCUCCCAUACUGAUUCCCAGGCUCAGGUGUGGCUCCUGUGUCACCGGGGGAAGCCCCAGGAAUGUUGAUUCUUCCAGCCUCAGCUCUUUCUCCCCGGGGAGUCAGGACCAGACAUCCUUAUUCCAAAAGGCUCCACCUCUCCCUCCCUGGCUCACCCAGCUGGGAUUUCACACCGACACUUUGCUGCCCCUCGGUGGCUGCCUGAGGAAAAGCAGGGCCUGGUUCUGCAGGGGAGAAGGAGAUGGAGGUUGGGGCCUGAGGUUUGCAGGCAGGAUCUGGCCACUGAACUUCAUUCUGGGCUCUUCUCAGGCUGCCUCAGACCACUCUCCUCAUCAGCCUCCUGCUGCUCCCUUUAGUCCAGCCAUUUUCACAUCUCUCGGACACUGUUUACCUGUCUGCUGGAAACUGCCCCUGUGCCACCCGGCCACAGAGCUUCCUCUCAAAUGUCUAAGAGCAGAGACACACCCCAGACACCAAGCCCUUCUGGCCUCAGCUCUUCCAAGUUUCCCGGGGUCCAUGCCUGUUCCCUUCCCUGGCCUCACCUUCCGGUCCAUGACUGACAGGAGAUAAGAAUAAAAGUAAUAAUGACACCCGAA